AUGUCUGUUUUUAACAAAAAGCGAUUUAUAAUAAGAAGAAAAAGGAAAGAGCUUCCAGCACCACCGCCAGAAGAACAGACUCCCAAGGAUAGAGCCAAAGAUCUCUAUGAGGAGAUUAUACCUGGGCCCGUUCUUCCAGACGAAAUGCCAACAUAUUUUCACAUCGGUGUCCUGGCGAAGGAGUGCUUAGUGAGCGGUUAUAAGAUCGGUGCUUGGCAUUUCGAUUGCACCACGGACCUUGGAGACAAUCUAGCCCUGUAUAGCUUUGGCACCGGCAAACCAGAGUUCAAAAACGUUUUCGGCGGCGUGGGAGCCCGCGAGCAUCUGGGGAACCUCAGCCUGACACAGGUCUGGAUGACUGAUGGCCUCGUCGGCAUGGCAGGUUUGGAGAAUGAGCUGUUUGGUGGGACGAUAAAUACAUUGCUACGAGCGGCAUAUGACCAGCACGAUAGAUCUGGUGUCAAAGUAGAGCUCCACUCCGGUUACGAGGUCGCCCCAUUUAGGUUUCAUAUGAUUAUACCAAUUCUGAGGGAACCUAAACUAAUGGGCUACUUGCUUUUAAGGCCAUUCAAACAAUAUUUAUUGGCAUAUCGCGCGGUCUACGAUAUUGAAAAUAAAGGCUUUGACAAACAUGCUAUCGGCCUGGGCUUCAACAAUGGCAGCACCGAAUGGAGUCUUAAGCUGGAGAAUUUCGAGGAUCUACGCGGCUCCGUAUUCCAACGUCUGGGCGAUCGAUUUGCCAUUGCCGCCAAGGUGAAUUGUUAUAAAUCGGAGGAGAAGCAGUAUGCCAUUGGUGCACAGGCUAGAUUAUUCGAGAAUGUCAUCAUCAAGGCGAAAUACCGGCAUGAUGGCUUCUUCAGUAUGGUCUAUCAACAGACUCUGAACGAUAACAUAGCGAUCAUGUACCACUUUGGCUUCGCUAUCAAUGAUCCUUUUAAAGGCGAUCAUAAAUUUGGUCUUUCGUGGAGUAUGAGGGCGUAACUUUUAAAACAUUUGUUAAUAAAAUACAUUCUGGAAAAGA